ACCCGACCCAAUCUGAGCGGUUGGAAGUAGAAUGGGGUUGACCCGAAUAGACAAUAGCAUCAAAAGCGAUACAAUUCAAGUCUGUAGGCUAUGGUCCUCUUCCUCUCUCUCCGUUUCCGGCAACAGGUUGUCACAAAUCCUCUUCUCAACAACACAGAUAGAUUAGGAGCCUGAGAACACUAAACAAUUCUGAGAAUUUCACAAUUACUGUUCAGAAUACAUGGCUUGUCAAAUGGGAUCUAUGAAUCUGCCGUCGAAAUUAUCAAUUACAGAGAAUGAAGGCUCCAAAAGAUCAUUUAUCCACAGCUGUUGUUGUCAGCCACGUUUUAGUGCUUUAACUCCAAAUGUUGGCAUGAAGCCUUUGCCUUUUUUACAAAGCCGUUUCCUGAGAAGAAGACCUGGGUGGACAGUAGCUUUUGCGUUGAACACAGAUGGAUUGUCUGGUAAUGGUGAGCAACAAAGCCUAAAUGAUUCUGGUUCCAGUUUAGGUGGCACUCGAUUGGGUAGGAUACUAAGUGCAGGUGGCAGACAACUUCUAGAUAAGCUGAAUUCAGCUAGAAAGAACUUCCCUACGAAAGUAUUCCUGCUACUUUUGGGUUUCUACACGGCAAAUGCACUAGCCACAAUCCUUGGUCAAACCGGUGACUGGGAUGUUCUGGUUGCUGGUGUUGUUGUGGCUGCAAUUGAGGGUAUUGGUAUGCUAAUAUAUAAAAAGCCACCUACUACCAGGACCGGGAGGUUGCAGUCUUUUCUUGUGAUGGUGAACUACUGGAAAGCGGGCAUAUGUUUGGGCCUAUUUGUAGACGCUUUCAAGCUAGGCAGCUAAGGUCCAGAAGCAUGUCUCUCUUGCUCUCUUCAAUUUAUUCGUCUUCCAGAAAACCAUGGUAAUUCAUAAGUGCUAAGUUACUUUUUCUUCCAAUGCUACCUUAGUUCUAUUAGUAAUGGUGCACAUGUAAUUGUUAUACAUGAAUAUCAUUGUUUAAUGAGGCAUUGUGCACAGUGUGCCGUUGCACGUGCUUCUAUGAAGUAGAAACUGUUGUAUUCUUGACUCAAUCUGAAUUCAUUCGGUUGUGCGUUGAAUGCACUUCUGUGAAGUAGAAACUGUUGUAUCUUUUACUCAAUCGGAAUUAAUUCGGUUGUGUGUUGAAUGCACUUCUGUGAAGUUGAAACUGUUGUAUUCUUGACUCAACCUGAAUUCAUUCGGCUGUACGUCUGCUUCA